UGUGUGGGGAAUUGAUCAGCAUUGCUGGAUACAGUGGUUUUCUGAUUUUCUCCGACUUUCUGGACUAUAAACUGUUUUUCUUAAAUGAUGAAACUUUCAGUCAUUGGCUAUGGUUAAUAAUUGUGAAGGCAGUAUCUGAUACCCCAAAAAAGAUGUGACAACAGUAUUACCUUGAGCCAGGAUGGCCUUCAGACUGUUGGUGACCUUGACAUUUGUGUUGACCUUGGAGGGGAAGACCACCAUAGUUCUGGAUGAUGUUACCGCUCUGGUCGGACACAGGUUCGAGUAUGUGGUCGGAGAUUCGGAGUUUCUCAGUGUCUAUAAGAUGGUUAAGAUUGUUGAGAAGGGAGUAAAGAAGCUACCAGAGUGGCUGGAGUAUGACAGCAACACAAGUGUACUGACAGGGACCCCAGGGCUGGGAGACCUCGGUGUGUACACCAUGCGGAUGAGGGCUGAUUGUAUAGACCCCGCUGUCACCUUUUGUCAUGACCGGAUCAGUCGUACCUUCCACAUCCGCGUGGACGAGCCAAUCAAGUCUGCAGAGUCUCGUGGUAGACAAGUUAUCCAUAUGCAUGUUGGGAUGCAACCAUAUCCGACUAACACAAAGCCUGCGGCCCCAGACCUGCCCCCUUAUGUAAACAAGUCAAUUGAUCACCUGGACGUAAUGGUCGGCAGGUACUUCCAGUAUAACAUUCUCAAAAGUAUGUUUCUGGACAAGGAGGAUGGGAAUUCCCGUAACCUUACCCUGGACAUCAGCCUUGUCAGUGGGAAAACCCUGCCUACAGACUCCUGGCUUAUGUUUGAUCCUGAGGGUCAGAUGUUGUAUGGAAUUCCAUUUGAAAAUGAUGCGACUGGGAACAGAUCAAGAUCGGUGAUUAAAAGGUUCAUACUUACUGCUACAGAUUCACAAGGACAGAGUGCUAAAGAUGUGAUCAGUAUUACAUACAAGUUUCAGACUAAAGUUACGCAUAAGAUAUUUCUUAACUUGAAUAGUAGCUUACAUUUUAGUUUGAAUUCCUUACAGGCUUAUAGGAGUUACUUAAUUCAGGUUGCUUAUACACUUGCCAAAUUUUACAAUGACAGUGAUUUGCGCCAUUUUACAUUUUUUGAACCAUCGGAAGGGUCAUUAAUGUUUCCGUUCCUUUGGGGAAACAAUUCAUUGUUCACGAACAUUUGCAAACGGCAAGAAAUAGAGUUUCUAUUCAAUCAAAUUGUCCAUAAAAACGACUCAGUGACCAAACUUUUCUCAUCUCAUUUUCCUGAUGAUCCACCCACAUCAGCAGAACUUUUUUAUGUCGGGGUAUGUCUCUCAUCCACCACAACUGUACCUCCACCCACGCCAGCUCCAGCCACCGAGAAGGCCUGGAUAGAGAUCGUUCUACCAGCAUUAAUUGCAAUAUUAGUGAUAGUGAUUAUAGCCAUCUUGUUGUUGAUAUGCUGUAGACACAGGCGACCAAGCAAGCGGGUACCGGACUCGGACAAGCCCAUGUUUCUUGAGGACCGACGACCAAUCAUCUUUCCCGAAGAGUUGGAGAUGCUGGACCCCUCGAUGAAGCCCAAGGGGCCGUUGGUGCUGCCGGCUGACUAUCUACAGGAGACUCUCCCUGAAGUACCCCCACAUGGGCGCCCUUCCCCACCCUAUCGUGCUGCCCCGUCCACAGAGGAAGGGCCCCCUGUCCCACCCCACCACUCAUUUGGAGGCCCUCUGCCACAGGACGCCCUCUCUGACCCCCCUCCAUACAGACUUCCCCCACCAUACUUCAACCCCCAUAGACUCUCGUAGGGAAAUUUGUCUGUUUUAGAACUUAGUCAUUUGUAUAAAAGUCAUAAACUAAAUUAAACAGGCCAUAUUAUUAUUUUUUUUGGGGGGGGGGAUUAUAAUUAUUUAUGUUGCCUUACAUUUACAUGUAGAAACAAAUUAUAUAAGUUUUUUCUUUGAACUGCAUAUUUCUAAUACCUAAUUAAACUUAUCAAAGUUCUUACUAGAUAAAUCGCCAGCUGUUCUCAGGAAGUUUAUUGAAGUAUAUAAUUUCUACAUAUUUCGCAUAACAUGCAAAACAUGUAUUUUUUUUAUAUAAAGGAUAACUGAUUACACAUUCAGUGUAUAUGGUCUUAUUUAUUUUAUGGGUCUUAUAAUUGAAAUCUGUUUUAGUCAUGGUGCUAAUUUUGCAGAUUUGCCAAUUUGGAAAUAUUUUUGGCUGGUUACUCAAAUUGUACAAUUAUACAUGUAUAAAUAGAUAGUACAUAUGUUCAGGGCUUUUCCAUUUAAACAUAUAACCCCUGGGGGUAAGGCACUUUUAUUUUUUGUCCCCCCUCCCCCCACAUAAGCAAAUUAACCCUUUUGGAGUCCAAAUUAGUGAAAAAAGACACACACACAUAUGCUAUUAAAAUAAUUGCCUUUCCCCUAGGGGUUAUACGUUUUACUGGAAUAGCCCUCAUCUUAGAAUGUAUUUUUUUUUUAAAUAAACAAUAUGUUUUGUAUCAGAAUAUUUGAGCUGCUAUGUAUUUUAUUUUAUUACUAUAUCAUGUUUGCAGAACAUGAUAACAACCAGUGAUGUUAACUUUUGUUCAACUGUUAACAAUAAACAAGACAUAAUAAUCUUUAAGCUCUACCGUCUUAAUAGUGUAAGCCGGGAAUUAUAAAUAUUCUGGUUUUCCCAAGCUUAUCCUACGGUACAAACAAAAUGAUACCGUUUUAAUAUACACACAUUUCUUCGAAAACAAUAGAGUCAUUGGUCUGUUAUAUGCAUUUCAAUGGCUCAAGUUUCACCUUUUAUUGGAACUGGCAUGGGAAAACCCAGUUAUAUGAAUUCCAGGCUGUUUCUUUUACUUUACUUAAGUAUGAGAUUAAGAACGAAAUGGUUGUGUUCACAUGCAGAUACCCCCGGUAUGUGCAUCCGCAGAAUCAUUGUCAGCAUAGUUGUGCAAAAUAAUUAUCACCAUGAAAUGUUAUAAGGCCAAAAAAACAAAAACAUUUGGUUUGGGUUACCCGACCCUCCUGAUAAAAUAGGUGUCGACCCUACCACUUUUAUAGUCAGUCCUUAAAAAAAGAUAAAAAAAACAACUUUUUAAGUGUUUGUUUUAAUAUGUAGUUUAAAACCUUAAAAGCUUUAUACAGAAUAUUUUUUCUAACACAAUUCUCCAAUGAUGACAAUAACGUUCUUAUAUAAAGCCUAAUAAAAAAGAGUAAAAAUCUAAAAGCCUACCUACCCUACCUGUUUUUGAAAUUGAUGUAACCCUAACCAAACCAUUUUUUUUGGCCUAACAGUACAUGCCAAUGAAAAGAUGAUUCUGUAACAGUGAAUAGUUAUCAUUACUGGCAUUAUAUUGUUUAUCUAUUAUAUAUACCGGUAGGCGACGGAAAGCAUGAUAAUACAGGUAUUUGAUGAAUUACUACCAUAUUGCCGUUACAGUUAGUAGUCUGUAUGUAAUAUAGUACUAAGUAAUACCACUAUAACUCUGAUAGAGUGUUAGAAAUUGUAGAAUUUUUUGGAGGCUUUUUGUAUAUUAUGUUUUAUCUGUUCUAUUUUUUCUAUGAUUAAUUUCUACUGUAUCAGUAUUCUCCAGAGUUAUAAUGUGUUCUUGUUCGAUUGAGAUUACUUUUUUGUUUAUGAAUUCAUAUUUCAUGAGUUCUAUAUGUUUAAGAUAAUGAAUGCAAUGAUUUAAUUUUUAAUGUCUUUGGCCAUACGCAAAUAUCAUGAUGUAUUCACAGAUUACCACUGAAAAGAAAACAAAACAGAUAGUUAUAACUUCACAAAAAGAACCCCAGAUGAAAUAAAUAAAGCAGUUUAUAACAUCAACUCAAGAAGCAAGACAGCAAGACUGCAAGAGACUCUGUUUGUUUUCAUCUUAAAAAUGUUUGUGAAACAAACAAAUGUUUGUGAAACAAACAUAUUUUUCACUAUUGUGCCAGUAGUGUGUUUAUGCUUUUAUAUGAUUUCUGCAUUACUUCAGUGCAAUAUAUGAUUCUUAGCUGCAAUUCGCAGGUUGACAGAUUUGACCUUUUUUCAUUUCUUUAUCUCAUAAUCAGCUGAUUUUGGCAUCAGUGCAUUCAACUCAGUCAUACAAGAUAACUCACAAUAGAAGAAUUAUCAAUUGUUGGGUGUAUGGCCAAAAAUUUCAUUUUUUUAAGCUGUUGUAAAGGCUUCAAGCUGUAAAACAUAAAUUUUCAAAUGUAAAUAUGAAAACUAGGUCUGGAUCAUAUUACUGGUUUUCAGACAUAAAAUAAAGCAAAAAUAGGCUCAUUCCAAGAUGUAAAAAUUAAAAAAAGUUUUCAAAUCAAUCAAUCUGUGAGAGUGCAGCUUUAAAGACACAUUAGUUAAUUUGCCUAUGCAUUUUAAUAGCAGUCUGCCAGUAUCACUUCUUGGUGCUUCAAUAUGAUAUAUUGUAUUUUAUGUUUUAUGGUGUGUUUAAUUAAGUUUGUUAAAACUGUUUGUUCUGUGGUUGCCUUUGUUUCGUAUCGGUUGUGCUAAGAACUAUAUUAAGUUUGCACUCUUUUUUUUAUCAUUUUGUUGUUUUAUUUUUAUACAUACAUGUGUUGGUAAUUACUAACAUAAUGUAAACAUUUGUGCUCAUUAGCUGCUUUUUGAAAUCAUAUCUUGUGCUAUUCUUGUAUGUAAAACAUGUGAAAUAUUGCAAUUUAAGAACUCAUCUUUUACAUUUCAGUGUAUUUAAUAUGUAUCUUUAUAUGAACAUUUGUAUUAACUAUUAACGAAUAAAACUCAAAUCCUUCAA